GUAGAUAAAUUCAGUCCGCGUAUAAUGAUCCCAGGAACACCGGAAAUGGGAUCAUCUCCGGGAUAAAACAAACGUCUGCCAGGGAGCGGCCGUGGGCCGGAGCUCUCGUCCUCGCUUUCUCUAAUCGGAAGGGCUUUUCGAAAGGUUCUGCACUUUGGGUUUCUGAAGUCAUGGAAAGAUUCAGAGAAAUAGAGCUGCAAGUGGUGAAAAAUGGUGCCUUUGGAGAAGAUGAAUCUCUGAGAUAUUCGGUCCCUUUGGCCAGAACUGGAUCUCGAAAUACAAGCCCGUCUCGGCAGAAGGUGAUCAAGACCAAGCCCAGGGGUUUUGAUGAGGAGACUGUUACAACAUUUGGUAAAGUCAUACAAACUGAUAUCCAAAUGGAAGAUAGCAUAUGGGGACUGUUGCCCGAGGACUUGCUAAUUGAGGUUCUUGCUAGGGUGCCUCCUUUCUUGAUCUUUAGGCUGAGGUCAGUUUGCAGGCGAUGGAAUUCAAUUCUUCAAGACAGUAGCUUUCUCUCAUCUCACUCACAAGUUCCUUCACAUGGACCUUGCCUUCUUACAUUCUGGAAGAACUCGCAUACCCAUCAGUGUUCUGUAUUCAGCCUACCAUUGAAGACAUGGUAUAAAAUCCCGUUUGGUUUUUUACCAGAUUGGGCAUUCUGGCUAGUUGGUUCUUCAGGUGGUCUUGUUUGCUUUUGUGGAUUUGAUGGCAUUAGUUUUAAAACCCUUGUUUGCAAUCCCCUAACUCAGACUUGGAGAACAUUGCCAAGAAUGCACUAUAAUCAGCAAAGGCAGUUGAUCCUGGUUGUUGAUAGGGCAGAGCGUUCAUUCAAGGUGAUUGCUGCAAGUGAUAUUUAUGGAGACAGAACACUGCCGACAGAAGUUUAUGAUUCGAAGCUUGACAGUUGGUCUGUUCAUCAGAUAAUGCCAGCUGUUAAUCUAUGCUCAUCCAAGAUGGCAUUUUGUGACUCAAGACUGUAUCUUGAGACUCUUUCGCCACUUGGCUUGAUGAUGUAUCGAGUAGAUACAGGGAAUUGGGAACAUAUUCCAGCCAAGUUUCCACGGUCAUUGUUGGAUGGAUAUUUGGUUGCUGGUGCUCAAAAGCGUUUGUUUUUGGUUGGAAGGAUUGGACUUUACAGCACUUUCCAGAGCAUGCGAAUCUGGGAGUUGGAUCAUGCUAAGACAGUGUGGGUGGAAAUAAGUAGGAUGCCACCAAAGUAUUUCAGAGCGCUGUUAAGGUUAUCGGCUGAAAGAUUUGAGUGUUUUGGGCAGGAUAACCUUAUAUGUUUUACAUCAUGGAACCAAGGGAAGGGCCUUCUCUAUGAUGUUGAUAAGAAAACUUGGUCAUGGAUCGCAGGAUGUGCAAUCCAGUUGUGCAACAGUCAGGUUUGCUUUUAUGAGCCAAGAUUUGAUAUGUCCAUCUAUUGAGGGCAGAGUGGGUGUCAUUGGGUGGGGGAAGGUUGUCAAAGGGUGAUAUUUGGAGAGAAUGACACUCUUCCUGCUUACAUCAUAAUUAUGGACAAUUUGGUCAUUCACUGACGAACUAAUGAAGUUUCCUUCUUGCAAAGAGGAAAUAUCUUUUUGUUGAUGUAAUUGAAGAAUGUCUAGAAAAGUAAGUAGUCCUAUAGGCAUGACAUGAUCAUAUCCAAAUGUGAAGGUAUACAGAAAGUAAGUCAACCUAACAGGAUAUGCCUGUUGCUGCAUUGGGAGUGUUCUGACCGCAUGGAGCUCUACUAAUUCUGCUUAAGAUUGGUCUGGAAGUGGGUUGUAAACCAAAUGCAUCUCUGUCACAAAAAAAACUAUUUUAGCUGCAAUUCAUCUGAAAACUCGCUCAUUUAAUUUUACCAGCCUGUCUGCCAAGGAAAUAAUUCUUUUAUUGUUUUUAUAAUUAUCUGCAUCCACAAACUUGGGUUUGGUGCUCAUUACCAAGAUCAGUGACUCAACAGAUGCAUGCAUUCUGACGAUGAAGGCUGUGGAACUGUAGAUAUUCUGAAGCAAUCAACAUGUCCAUCAAUUUGACGUUUGGGAUCUAUAUCUGGACCUGUCCAUUUUCACUGAUUGAUUAGCAGCUGGAUUUUCCAAGGUGCUAUGACAUUUUGAGUUUUUGACUAUGAUGAUUUUGGCCACUUUGGCAUAGCAAAAGCAUGUUAGAGGAUUCAUUGGUCUCUGGCGUGGAAGUUUCAAGAGGAGAGUGCUCUAGAAACAAAAUAAACUCAAAAAAGAAAGAAUUUAGCAACCGGAGCUAACUUGCUUCUGUUGUCUCAAUUUGAUUCAUGGUUCUGGCAGAUUUUAAUCUGGCUCUGAUCUUGUGCUGUAAUUGUUUCAGAUAAUGUUGGAGGAGAUCUUCUCUUCUGGUACAUGGAGGAAAAAAUGAGCAGGCUGGUGCAGCCCUGCAGGAGGUUAGGCUGGUGAGAGUGGCAGAAAGUAUUGGUUGAUCAUGGGUCAAAUCUUCUUUCAGGUCCAGGUCCAAUGACCUUGUCAGGCUUUCCAGUAGCCAGGGAUUAUACAACUGAAGAGAUGGGGCACUACCAUGAAAUGGUCGGGUGCACUUCACAGGUCAACUCUAAGCUGCUUCUUUGAUCAAAGGAAAAUUGGAGGCGAUGUACUGUAACACUGACCUGAAUCUUUAUACUGCAUGGAAUACCAUGAAAGUCGAUCAAUCCAAUUAAACUGAUUAGACAAAUAAUAUCCUUGGUUUAUUAUUCUUCA